GUUCCUGCCACGCCCGCCAUGGCGGCCUCCAGGCGCUCCCUGACCCUCCGGGACACCGGGACCGCGCCCGUGGCGGCGGCCGGGCCCGGACCCCAGCCCGAGCCAUGCGGGGCGGGCAGACCCGAGUUCGACUCCGAUUCCGAGCUGGAGCUGGAGCUGGAGUGCGACUCGCGCCUCAGCGUGGAGAGCGAUGAGGAGCCGGGCGGCGGCGCGUCCUGGCCCCAGCAGCCCGGGGAGCGCUCGGCGGUGGCCGCGCUGCUGGAGCGGUGCGUGGCGGCGGGCACCGUGAGCCAGGAGACCUUGGAUUUGACUUGCAGAAGAACGCCAUGCUUUGCAAAAUUCUCGGAGAUGGACGAAAUGGUCAACAUGGAAGCUGAAAUCAAUGAGCUAAAACUGAAAACUGAAAUGAUGCAGUUGGAGAAUGAGACAGCAGACAUUACUCACCAUUUUUACUUAGGGGAAAAGUGCGAGAUUUUGCAAGAUAUGAACAGACACCUGGAAGCCAUACUGAAAGAGAAGAGGGAUCUCAGAAAGAGGCUGAUCAAACACAGAUGUCAAGAAAGCCUGCCUAUUGAGGCAACUUAUCACAAGUGUGUAGUAGAGUUGUUGACUGAGGCAGUAACUUUCAUUGAGAAGCUUGAAAGCCAUUUGCAGGCUGUGAGAAGCAUCCCUCAGAUACCACAUAUGAUGAACAAUAUGGAUACCACUUUGUCAAAAACAGAGGUGCUCAUGAUAGAAUUGGAGGAGCUGACAGAGCAAAUACUGAAAUGGGAAGAACUGCAAAAGGAAGUGUAUUCUAACAAUGUAUGCAAUACUGCUGACUUGGACUUUGGCUUAUCUUUAACCUAACCAAUCCUUUUCCUCAAAUAGGAUGACUACUCAAAGAACUACAUUCUUAGGGUCUUCUGUGAAAAUUGCAACAUAGGUCUCUUAAUCCAACAGAGACUUUGUAGGUAGUUAUAGUUCUGUUAUUAAGUAACAGUUCUCCAACUAUUUACUAAAAAAAGGGCAAUGAGCAGUAACUCCUAAUAAGACAGGGUACUCAGAAAUCUGUUAAAGAGUUCCUUUCUGAAAUAGUUGGAUAGGAGUCCCUUGGAGCCGGUAUCCUCAAUGGAAAAUAGUUUCUUUUGUUUUUUUCUUUUUUUUUUUUUUUUUUUUGCACUUACUAUAGUAUCUUUAUUCAUUUUUGUAAGCAUCUUGAUAAAACACUGUAUUUUGUAUGUUGCCGUAAAACUUUAAUAAAAGCACUAGAUUUCAAAA